CCUAAACAUGGGCACUACAUAGACUUGAGCUUAUUUUGCUCGCUCGUUAUAGAAGGGGGCCUAGAUAGAAGCGGACUCUUAUAAAGUCAGGGUGUCGUUGUCCACUCCGACCGCAAUUCACUCACCCCCGGCGAGUGAUAGAAAGACCGACAGCUCAGCAAUAUAUAUAUCACGGACUUGAAGAGGCCCCAUAAUCGCACGCAACGCAGGUCACAAGGAUACCCGCAGCAGAUUUCCAACCCGCCUCACAACCAGCACGAAAAAUGCACCCGCGGCUACCCCCACUACGCAUCAACUCCGACGCCGAUAUCCCCGCAUACCUCUCAGCGCUCGUGUCGCUCCGUCGCCAAUUUCGUCUGGAUGGUCGGGAAGAUAAACGGAGACUGCGGCCUGUGGAUUGCCGGCGGCGGGUGCUGAGUGUCCCGGAUGAUACGGAUUCUGGGUAUGGUGAGGCCGAGGAGGAGGAUGAGGUGGAAGGUGCGGCCAGCGAGGAGCAUGUGGUGGACGAUGGGGUUGUGCUCGAGGACGAGCGGGACGACGACGAAGGAGACGACGAGGAGGACACCGAAACAACGGUAUCCGACCUCGCCCUCUACACCCCCGCCCUCACAAACUGGCUCUACCGCCGCACCGAAGACCUCGAACUCCUCUCCUCCCCCGCCGCUUCCGCCGCCCUCGACAUCACCGCCGCCGUCCUCUCCUCCCUCUCCAACCCCCCCUCAACCCUCAUCGAACAACCCAGUCCCACCACCACCGAAUCCCAAACUCAUACGGAAUCAUAUACCUUUUCCACCCACACGUUGACUUUGACGGAGCCCUCGGCCUCGCACACCGGCAACGACGUCGAGAUCGGGAAUCAGGUCUGGAACGCCGGGAUCCUGCUCGCGCGGGUGUUCGAUACCCGUCUGGACGCCCUACCCUUUGACUUCCGCACCAAGCGACAUGUGUUGGAGGUUGGCUGUGGGACCGCCGUCGCGAGCAUCUGCGCGGCAAAGGCGCUGGAGCGAGCGGAUGAAAACGGCAACCCGGCGGUGGUGAUCACCGCCACCGACUACCACGCCUCGAUCCUCAGCACCGCUCGCUCGAACGUCCUCCAAAACGGCGUCGCCAACACCGUCCGUGUCCGCGGUCUGGACUGGAACCACUUGGGGCCUGAAACGAGACGUGACUUGCUCUUCGAUUCCGCUGGGACCGACAGCUGUGAUGACACGGCGCCAGUGCGCGAAUACCCACCGAUCGACGCCAUCAUCGCCUCCGACGUCGUGUACGACCCGCACCAUGCCGUGCUGCUGCCGAGGGUCCUGCGGGAGGUGGUGGAUACGUCUGCCUCCGAUCCCGAUCCCAAUCCAUUCAUCCCAGCCCACCAAGACAAAGCGCAUGUCAUCAUCCUCAACCGCAUCCGCCCGCAAUUCAUCGACAGCAUCGUCGCGUUUGAGCGGAAUAUGGCGAGGGAGGGGUUUGUCUGUAUCAACACUACCGCUCCCACAACCACCACCAAAGAGAGUGAUACCGCGGACGAGACGAACGCACAGGGAUACCAACAACAGGGCCAGUGGGUGGAAGACGUGAUUGGGGCCGCGGACUGGAAGGGCGAGAGGCGCCGGUAUCGCUUUUACGUGUUUACGUAUGAGAGGAAACGUGCUGCAUCAGCAUCGGCGACAUCGCCGUCGUUUAGUGAUAUGGCGUUGAGAUGAGAUGGGCGGAGUUGGGGUGGAUUUUCCGGAUUGGGGAUACUGAAGGACGUGAUUUGGGGUUAUUCAGGAUGUGGUGACGGUGGUAUUGGGACGUUGGCGUAACUUCUUCGUCGUGGUGCAUAGGAACUAGAUAGAUGGGUUCCUCGCAGUCACUCUUGGCGAGGAGGCGUACAGAGAAACAUUAGGUAGCCGGUCUAGACAUUUCAUUACAGUACAUUCUUUAGCGACAUAUUAUUCAGAACGUCGAUCGCAAACCGAUUAUGGGCAGGUACAUUGUCUAUGACAGAGUCUGAGCCAAAUAAAGUAAGGUUCUCACGGCAUAGAACGCGAUGGACAACAAGAGAAGAAAGGGAAAUAGAUACAAGUAAGGGGGAUACGUCUAAUCAGAGGCGGGAAGACACCAGGGGUACGCCGUGACGAGAGUCUAAGGGAACAGAACUAUGUAAGGUAGAAAUGCCCGGCUCAACGGAAGGGGAUUUACAAAGCGACGAGAG